GGAGAGAGCAGAGAGGCGACAGAGGAGGAGAGGCAGAGAGAGAGAUUUAAAAUGUCUACUGAGGGUGGAUGAUUUCAGUCGGGGCUUAGGAGGGGGAUGCUUGGCACGCGCACUCUCUCCCCGCAGUCAUCCAUCCAUUGCUCUCUCCGCCUCCUCUCCGCCGCCGCCAAGGCCGCGCAGCCAACUGCCGACUCUCCCUCUCCGUCAUUUCUCUUUCUUACACAGCCACUACUUGGUCUUUCUCUUUAUUAUCACCAUCUCAUCCUCCUCCUCCUCCUCCUCCUCCUCCUCUUCUUCUUCUUGUCUUUAACCUCAACUCCCUACAACACCUCCUCCCUCUCCCCCACACCCCCCCACUCCACUCUUCCCGUCUGUCACCGUGACUCACCCCCUUCCACAAAGUCACCUUUCCAUCUUCACCUUACCUGUCUCUCUCUCUCUCUCUCUCUCUCUCUCUCUCUCUCCUCCCUCCUGCUCCGGCCAUGAUCACCAGCGCAGCUGCGCUCGCCGUCCUCGCGGCGACUGCCGUCGUCGCCUCCCCCGUCGCAGUCGAGGAGCGAGGCACCUUCUCCAUGCCCCUCACCUCUCUCAGCUCUCGCCAAUAUAGUGAAGACCCCAGCGUCCGCAUGGAGUGGGCCCAGCAACAAGCGGCAAACUUGCGACAGAAGUACAGUGGUCUUCUCGACAAACGCGAGGUCGAAUAUUUGGAACAGACCAAGCGCUCUUUGCAGAAGCGUGCUGGCACUGCCGAUGGUGCUCGUGCUAAUCUCAUCAACGUCAACGUCGACGCCAGCUACGCCGGAACCGUCUCCAUUGGCACCCCACCCCAGGACUUCUACGUCAUUAUGGACACGGGCUCUUCAGAUCUCUGGGUCAUGUCCGAGCAAUGCCAGCAGUGCCAGGGCAUGCAAAAGUUUGUCCACUCGGCCUCCUCUACCCUCGAGCUCCCACAACGUUCGUUCCAGGUCUCUUACGGAUCGGGCGACGUUGCGGGCGAGAUUGCCGUCGACAACGUGACAUGUGCCGGCUUUACCGUUCAGAGCCAGGGCUUUGGUCUCGUCGAAGAGACACAGGCUCAGGGCGUCGGCAGCUCGUCCAGCGGCCAGCUCAUCGACCCCCCUCUUUCCGGUCUCAUGGGCCUCGCCUUCCAGUCCAUCGCCAGCUCAGGCGCAACCCCAUGGUGGCAGUACCUCGCCGAGAACACCUGGAGGAACCCCGAGUUUGGUGUCUUCAUGGCGCGCUUCCGUGGUCAGCGUCGCGUCCAGGACGUCGAGCAGCAGGGCGGCGAAAUCAUGUUUGGUGGCGUCAACACCUCCCUUUACCAGGGUGACAUCAACUACAUCGACAUCGCCAGCACCGAUGAGGACUACUGGCGUAUCCCCAUCGAGGCUAUCGCCAUCAGCGGACAGCAGGUCUCGUACCGCAGCUCCAGUGCCAACGCCGCCAUCGACACAGGCACAACCCUGAUCGGAGCUCCGACUUCGGUCGUGCGCGACAUCUACGCCGCGAUCCCCGGCUCGCAGUCGCUCGCGAGCCAAGGCAUGCAGGGCUACUACCAGUACCCGUGCUCGACCAAGGUCAACAUGGCCAUGCAGUUCGGCGGCAAGACAUACUACAUCUCGGACGAGGACUUCAACCUUGGCGCGACCUCGAGCAGCGGCCGCUACUGCAUCGGCGCCGUGUUCGCCAUCCAGCUCUCGUCGACCUCGCGCAUCUCGUGGAUUGUCGGUGCGACCUUCCUCAAGAACGUCUACUCUACGUACCGCUACAACCCGCCAGCCAUCGGCUUCGCCGUGCUCGCCAACGGCGUCCAGAACGGCGGCGAGGACUCGCAGAGCCUCAUGACCGGUGGCGCGAGCAACAUCACGUCCACCAGCCCGUCGGGCACCGCCACCGGCUCGACCAGCACGGCGGCGUCCGGGUCCGCGCUGACUGUGCCGGCGCUCUUCGUCGGCGCGUCCGUCCUUGCAGCCGUCCUUUUCUAAGCCUAUAGCACUACACAGCUUGUCAUCCAUACAUCAGCUUGUCACUUGUCACUCUGUACUACUAUGCACGAGUACAUGCACG